AUGAUGCCAGCACGUCGUCGUGAUUGUCAACGAGCUCAAUGUGUUGCGUUGAGUAAAGUCAAUAUUAGUUGUCGUGAAAUUAGCACUAUCAUUGGUAUUUCGAAAUCAUCUGUUCAACGUGCUUUAAAACGAUAUGAAGAAACAGGUGAAUUUCAAGAUCGACCGCGUGCCGGUAGACCAAAAAAAUUAAAUGAACGAAAUAUCCGUGAAAUAGCUAUCAAGUUAAAUGACACAUUAAACAGUCCAGUUACUUCAAGAACAAUUAUUAAUUAUUUGCAUCAAUGUGGAUAUGAAUAUAAAACUAAAAUAACAAAACCAUUUUUUAAUAAGAAUGUUAAAAAAAAUAGACUUAAUUGGUGUUUGGAUUAUUCAAAUUGGACUAUUAAUCAAUGGAAAAAUAUAAUAUUUUGUGACGAAAUAUGUUUUUACGUAAUAAAACGUAAAAAUAAAAUAAAAAUAUGGCGUACAAAAGAUGAACGUUGGAAAGAAAGUUGUAUGCAUGUGGCAGCUGCAGGUGGUGGUGGUCGUGUAAAUUUUUAUGGUACUAUCACUUCUGAAGGAACUGGUUGUUUUCGAAUUUACAGUGAAAAUACUAAUAGUGAUGUUUAUUGUGAUAUUUUAGAUAAUUAUUUAAUUCCAAUAGUCCAAUUAUAUCAAAUGGAAAAUAAUUAUUUUUACCAACAUGACAAUUCCAAAUAUCAUCUAUCGAAACAAACUCAAAUGAAAUUUCAUGAAUUAGGUGUUAAAGUAUUAAAAUGGCCCAGUAAAAGUCUGGAUCUCAAUCCUAUUGAAUCAUUAUGGACCGUUAUAGAUAAUAAAUUAAAAUCUAAGUCACUCUCGUCGGUAAAAGAAUUAAUUGAAGCUUUAUCAAAGGCAUGA